CUCCAGCCUGGGCGACAGAGCAAGACUCCAUCUAAACAAAAACAAAAACAAAAACAAAAAACCUCAGAAACAAAUAGGUAUUAUUCUUCAGGAUGGUCAGUGUUCUCUUCCAGAAAAGCUGGGCAAACAUUUGAGGAAUUCUCUAGUGGUGCUGGCUUCUGAACCAGUUUUUUAACUAUAUGAGAAAACAACUCUUGUUUUUAUCACUGCGUCAUGGUAUAUUGGAAAAAGGAAUGUUUCCGUGUCAGUCAGAGCUGGGUUUGAAUCCUACCAGGCUCUGCUCCUUAUUGGCAAACUUGAGCCAGUCAGCUAACCUCUCUGAGCUACUGUUUCCUCAUCUGUAAAAUGGGCAUUAAACAAUACUUAUCUCAGAGAAUUGCUGUGAGGAUUAAAGAAAUAACACAUGUAAAAGAUCCAGCAUAGUACUUGACCCACAGUAGGCACUCAAUGCAUUUUUGCUUUUCCUUCCUCAAAUGGCUUCCUGUACACAAUGGCUUAGAUUCCCUUCUAAAACAAAUCAAAGCAGGAUUUUAUUAGUAUAAGUGUUGCUUAAAGCUCACGUGUAUAACAUUUGUCUAUUGUAAACUGUUCACUGAGAGCCAUAAGGUGUCUGGAUGAACUUAGCCUUUUGAAAAUGGAUGUUGUAGUCUUGGAUUAUUUUCCCCAUUCAUACAAAUCAAAUAAAGCAUUCAUGGGACCCCUGACAGCCCUCCAAAGAAGCCCAAGGCUCUGUGACACAAGUGGAAACCCCCUGCACUGCCUGCAGCAGGCCCCUGAUAUGGUGCUUCUGCCGCACCUGGAGGGGAGAGCUCCUUACCCUAGUGGUGCCCAACCCCUUAGUUCAGGCUGGAAUCCAGCACCAAAUCACAGUGUUGGAGCAGGCAGAGACAUCAUGGCUAUUUAGUCCCCUGGUUUAAAAAAGCUUUUCCUUAGGUAGCAGAAUCCCUUCUUCCAAAUUUUAAACAGAACCCCAGCGUGUCAAACAGAGAGAGCAAAGGGGUUCCCGUGGAUAAGUCAGGGAUUCAGGGCAGGUGACAUGGUGACAGUCCCUAAGGGAUUUGUUCCUCGAAGCUCUGCUUGAUCCCUGUGCCAAGGCCUUGGCACAGCCCUUCAGUGCUACAGUGGAGGAAACAGGCCCAAGGAGCUGAGGACUCUGGGCCAAGGUCACCCAGAGGAGGCCCUUUGGUUAGCAGAGGUCAGCUCCAGAGAGAGGAGGACACAGGACACAAUGGUGUGCUGGCCGGUGAGGUGUUGGGAGAGGCCAGAGCGUGGAAUAGAGAUGGGGUGGAGAAACUGAGGACAGAGGUGAGGUGGGAGGACAGGAAGGAAAGGCACACAAGCAGACAUGGUGUCUGGGAAAGGACAAGGGGGAUUCCCAAGGACAGGGCCUCAAAAGACAUAUUCGGCCUAAUUCAAAUAUUGCAUGGGUCAUGCUUAUACCAAAAAUUAUUCCUUUUUGUUUGAAAUUCAGAUUUAACUGGGCAUCUGGUAUUUUUCCUGGCAACUCACCUCCAGUCUCUCUUCCUCCCUGCCUUCCAAUCCAUACUGUCACAGAGUCCCACCGGAUGAGCCUAUUACAGUGGUGGUUUGAGCCUCCUGAUUGAGUAAUUUUGGAGUUCUGACCUGGUAGUGGAAUGCGUGGGCAGACUGUCUGGGAAGUGGGCAGCCUCACAAUGACUCUCUGGGAGGCCUGUGCCACUCCUCGAAGGUUCUGCUGAGAAGGGCCUGAACAUUCCGGCCACUGUCCCAUUGUUGUUUCCAGCAGCAGCAGCAGCAGCAGAGACUGAGACGAGAACCUUUCCUUCUGUGGAUAAAGCUCUCCACCACCGGAGAGCUAGCCAUCAGUAAUGCUGAGGACACCUACAGCUCCGAGGAGACCGUGGACCAUCAGCCUGUCCACCUGAGGGUCAUGGACACUGCAGACCUGGACACCCCCAGGAACUGUGAGCGCUACCUGAACUGGGCCCAUGCCUUCCUGGUGGUGUAUAGCGUCGACAGCCGCCAGAGCUUCGAUAGCAGCAGCAGCUACCUGGAGCUGCUUGCCUUGCACGCGAAGGAGACACAGCGCAGCGUCCCUGCCCUGCUGUUAGGCAACAAGCUGGACAUGGCUCAGUACAGACAUCCGACCUACGCAAGAGCCAGUCUUCUUUUUCCUCCCACCUCGAUUCCCAUGGCUUUCAGGCAAGUCACCAAGGCAGAGGGUGUGGCUUUGGCAGGCAGGUUUGGGUGCCUGUUUUUCGAGGUCUCUGCCUGUCUGGACUUUGAGCACGUGCAGCACGUCUUCCAUGAGGCAGUUCGAGAGGCACGGCGGGAGCUGGAGAAGAGCCCCCUGACCCGGCCCCUCUUCAUCUCCGAGGAGAGGGCCCUGCCCCACCAGGCCCCACUCACCGCCCGACAUGGGCUGGCCAGCUGCACCUUCAACACACUCUCCACUGUCAGCCUGAAGGAGAUGCCCACCGUGGCCCAGGCCAAGCUGGUCACCGUGAAGUCAUCCCGGGCCCAGAGCAAGCGCAAGGCGCCUACCCUGACCCUCCUGAAGGGCUUCAAGAUCUUCUGAGGACCCUUCCCCAGGAACCCCAGGCUCGGUGGGUGGACAGGACUGCAGCGGGGCAGGGGCUGGCUUCUCACCACCGGCUUUUCCCUCUGAUGGACAGCAGACCCCACCUCCAGCACCAAGCAGUGUCCCUACACUCAGUUCACUGUGUGAGCUGCAGUGGCAGGCAGGAAUGCUGCUUCUGUUCCCUCCAGGCCUUGGUCUUCAUGGUAACCACCGCAUCUGUGGCCCUGGAGGGAAACAGCCACUGUGACAACCCAGAGACCUGGGUUCAGCCUUAAGUAGGAAGAAAUUGCAGUGUCCAUCCUGCUGCCAUCAGCCCUUCCUGCUCCAGCUACAGUUGGGCCAGCUGUGGCCCUUAGUGGACGGUCUAGGUGGAUAGCUCUGUCAAUGUCAGGCCCGGGAACCUGCAGAAUGACAGCCCUGGGGUCCUUGCGCCACCUGGUGGACGGGAAAGGCAGGGCGGCUGCCAUUUCAGAGGCCAGAGCCUGGCCCUCCUGUCAUCUGCUGACUUCACAGAAGGCCCAGGCUACAAACCCCACAGUUUAUUCAAGGAAUUCACAGAAGGCCCAGGCUAUAAACCCCACAGUUUAUUCAAGGAAAUCUAGUUAAAAUAAUCCAAUGGACAGCCUGGGCGGGGCGAAGAAGCCCCAGGAAGGGGUAUUUCCAACACUUGAUGUCUCAAUGAGGAUAAAAGGGAGGGGGCUGUGGGUUGUCCAAUGUAAGGAGCCCCAGAGUUCUUUCACCAGCAGACAGAUUCCCCAUGUGUCUUCCCACUGUUAAGGACUCUCCAAAGAACCUCAGGACCAGCUCCGUCAAGUUUAAUGAUCCAGGCUGCAGAAGAAAGUUGUCACUCCAGUGAGUUACCCAGGGCUCCAGGGAGCCCACAGCAGCAUCAGACCCAUCCAGGGGCUACAGGGCCUGCCCCCUUGCAGGUGGAAACACAGUAUACCCGUUUGUCGUCUGGUUUGGCAGGACCCAGGACCCUCAGCAAUGAGUCUGAGUGUUCAAAGCCCACUUUAGAACCUAAAGCAUUUUGGGUUAAUAAAGCAAAUUUUUGCAUAUGUUAUUUGGUGGUGUCACCGCAGCUUAUACCAGGACACCAUGGCUCAGACAUGGGAUCAGGCCACUCCUUUCAGAUCCCACCGUUGGCAAGAAAAGGCUCUCCAAGGCAGGCAGCGUGGUAGUUGUCUGAUUUUGUUUACCACACGCCAGGUCCAAGGGAAGUCUUGCACAGACUCUUAGCAGACAAGCAGGGAAAGGAGAGGGCCCUGGUGGCUGGAAGGAUUGGGAAGGGGAUUCUGGGCCUGGAAGCCUGCUUCUUCCCCUCUCAGCAGUCUCAGGACUGCUGUUGUAUUGCAAACAGUAUCUCUGACCCAGUUUUCAGUCUCAUUCUGUAAAUAGAGGAGCUGAGGUCAGAGCGGGGCUGUGAACUACUCAAGACCACAUGCUUGGAGUCCUAGCCAGGCUUCCCGACCCACAGGCCAGCUACGGAUUUUGCACUUUUGCUCCAGGCCACUUGUGUGUGUAUGUGUGUGUGUACCACUGCCAUGUGAACAAACUAUGCAAUACCACCUGCUCACUUCCAGGAGCAUUUUAAUAAAAGAUUUUUUUUAAUAACAGAA